AUGGGCUCUUUCAUCAUUUGGAUCAAGAAAGUUAUCCCAAUUGGGAUUCUACUUAUGAAUAUCUGCAAAACAGAUGUAUCACUGGAUGAAGUAGAGUCAAUUCUGCAAUUUGAAAUUUCAGCGAAUUCUUCACAGGUUAAAGUAAACCCGGAUGGGCCCCUUAACUUUCUGCGUGGAUUAAUUUAUCAUAAGAUGCAGUGCAUGUACAACAAAAGAUUUUUUGCCCCGCAGAUUGACAUAGAGUACUCUGUGCAGGAGGAUAUAAGCGAGUUUGGCGCAUACCCGAACUAUAAAUACACCAGAAGCACGCAAAGAGACAGAGCAUACAAAACACAGUCCACUAAUAAGAUGGAUAUGUACACUGAAAAGUACCAUAAUCAUCUGAUUGAGCUGUUUCCAUCCCCCACUAGAGAAAUAACCAUAGAGACACGAGGGAAUCAGUCCUUUAUUCAAUUCCUUCGGGCUGAGACAACAGAGAAGCAUGCACUGCAUAUUCUGGCUAUGCUGCUUCUUUUUUCAGAAGGAGUAAAUAUUCCCAUUAGAGCCACUAACAUAAUACUAGAAGUAUAUGAAUUGGACCGAAUUAAAUUAUACUUCAGCGUUCCCAUGAAAAUCCCAUGGAUGAAUCCUGUAACAAAAGAAAUAGAAAUGUUCUCCCAAAAGAAAGUUAGACAAAUGAUCAGUUUCUUCAAGGAAAACUCAACUAAUUCCGAGAUAUUAAACAUAAUGGUGGACAAGUGCACAAAAGAGGAGGUUAUCUCUGGAAAGUUCCUGGAUAGUCCUAAGUUCCUAAUACAGUCGUACAUAUUCGGGUUCAUAGACACAGAAGAGACUGCAAAAGAGUUUAUACAAAUUGUGCACACAAUGACAGAGAAGUAUGCACCAAAGACAGAAGCACCAAGUAAAGAUGACUUUGUAUACGACAGACUGUUUACGUCUGCUAGUACAGCAACAGAAACACAGUGCAUUGCCUUAAUGAAGGAUACACAGGAGAUCAUAAAUAUGAACAAGGUUUUCCCAUUUAUAGACAGCACACAGAUCCCUGCAUACACAUCUAUUCCUUGGUACAACCGAGAAACAACCUCAUUUUCUACUAACCAUUUAGAAGACUACAGUAACUGUGUGGAGUGCAUGUUUCUUUCCUUUUUCUGCUGUCUGGCAUAUGACCCAGCAGAGGGAAUGUAUCGGACAGAUCACAUGGGAGAUGUCUCUGAAGAACUUAAAGAAUUCUUCUCUCCAGAAAACCAGCCACUUGACAUAAAAAAGACUAAAGUACAGAGAAAGUGGUGCGCACUUAUUUCAGACUUAUACAACCAGAAUGUCGCAUAUUGCAUGAAAGGGAACGAGCUAGACACAGGCCUUCUUAAUAUGCUCAUGGUCAUUUCUGAAAUAGUAAAUGCAUCUAGUGAUGAAAAAGACAUAAUAAUUGGCUUUGCAAAGAGUUUAAAGGAGCAAAAAGAGAAAUUAGAAGAAGAAAUAUGGGAUAAUAUAAAGAAUUACACAAAAGAGUUAUUUACACGCCUAGCUAAGACAGAUAAUGUGCAAAUAGCCUUCUCUGAUCUUGAAAACAUAGAAUAUCCAGAUGGAAGACACGAUGUAAUAGGAAAUAUUUCUAUAGUAUUUGAGCACAACUCCAUUAAGAACCUAGUACUCUUAACUAUAACAAAUAUGCACAGCACUAUUGAAGUAAUACCUGCAGAUAUAAAGGGUACAAAUGAACAGAUAGAAAGAAUGAAUGAAAUAGCAGACUCCUGCAGAAAUAGAACAACAUUCCUUGAAAACUUGUUUUCCGUAUACGCUGACAAUGAAAUCCGAAAGAUUAGUGGGCCUGAGAAGAAUGAUGAGUUUACAAAGGAACAAGUGCGCAAGACCAUUGAGAAUAACUUCACAGAUAUGAAUAGACUAAUGAUAAUAAGGAAAAUCAGUGAUUUCAGUUACAAGAAGGAAUUAGUCACAUUUUCCAGCAUAAACAGUUUAAAUCAACCCCUAUCCCCAGAUCACCCUCUUGUUAGAUUUACCUCCAACCUAGUAGGAAGCACAGAACUAAAUAACCGCAAUAUUCAGAUGGAAAUACUUCCCCCAAUUAUUUUUGCAGGGUGGGAUUCUGAGCCCAGCAGGAAUCUCAACUACCCAAGGAUACAACUGUCAGAGGAAAGACAUAAAACACUGGCUCUGUACUUAGAAGGCAGGCACAUCAGUGAGCAUAUACUAAACUGUGAUAUAUCUAUUAUUAUGUCAUGGAUAGUGUACUGCAUGAACAAUUUACAAUUGCAUGGGACAAGAUUUGAACCAUUACUAACAGGCUCAAUUAAUGGGCACAUUUGCAAGCACAUAUUUAAAAAUGAAAGCAUGAAAUAUUCUGAUAUAAUUGAUGAUCUCUUAGAGCAAGCAUAUCCCAGCAAGAAAGACAAAAUGAUAAGCCGUAUGCACUAUAUAUGGCUCGUAUAUCUUUGUGCUGAGAAGAACCCGAAUACAAAGCUAAUUAAGACAAACUUCCAUGCUAUCCAUGAUUUCCACCAUAUUUCAGUCUCAUGCAAUAGGUAUAUUAAAGAAGGUCCAGCAUGCGAACUUGCUCUUCAAACUCUCAAAAAACUGAAGGAUCUUCUGUGCAGUGAUGAAGAAUCCACCAGUAAGUUCAGCAGAAUUAUAGCCACACUUCAAAAUGAAUACCACAGUGCACCCUCGCAUGGAAGAUAA